AUGUCCUACCUGCUCCAAAACGGGACAGCAAUCCUCCAUGAUGUGAACGAACGCGUCCGAAUCAUCAAGACAGACAUCCUCAUUGACGGCAACAGGAUCUCGAAGAUUGGUGAGGACAUCACCGCACCUGCGUCGGCGACUGUCAUCGACUGCACCGAUAAAAUCAUCAGUCCGGGUUUCGUGGACACACAUCACCAUGUUUGGCAGACGCAGUUGAAGGGUCGACAUGCUGACCAGACGCCGUCUGGAAACCUCACAGCCAAGCUGUUCACGGCCGAGGAUGUUUUCUGGGGACAGCUGGGUGGCUGCCUUGAGAUGAUCAAUGGCGGCACAACGACCGUCGCCGACUACGCGCACGUCAACAUCAGCCCAGAACACAAUUACAACGCCGUCUCGGCCACGGCAGCGUCAGGCAUGCGUUCGGUCUUUGGUUAUUGCUUCAACCCAAGACUCAGCUCGACGAACCCAAUGACCAUCGAUCCGAACGGCUUCGGAGGCCACGCUGUGCCCACCUUCGACGAGCUGGCAAAGCAGUCACCUUGGGCAGACGGUCGAGUCAAGCUCGGACUGGCCUGGGACGGUUUCGUGUUCGCCCCAAAGGAGUAUGUUGACAUGCUCAUGGCGAAGGUCGACGAGUACAAGAUCGACCUCAUCCAGACGCACAUCUCCUGGAAACCUGGCAAACCAAGCUGGCCGCAGGCACUUGAGAGGCUUGGAGUGUUGAGCAGCAAGUUCCUGAUGGCGCAUUCGAACAUGACCAAGGUUGAUGCGGACUUGUAUCGCAAGUACGAUGUGCAUUACUCCAGUACGCCGUCGACGGAAAUGCAGGUGGCCCUGGCUUUCCCUGUAAUAGCGUUCCGAGAUGACCUUGGUGUCAAAGACCUGGGGUCAUUGGGGGUGGACUGCCAUACCACUAAUGCGGCAUAUCUUCCUGGCGAGGCGAGGAUCGGUCUGCAAAGUGCUCGUGGUGCUCGCGCUCAGGUCGCAGAGACAAGGGGGAAAGUCCCACUUACCGUAGGCUUCAGCGUCGAAGAAGCCUUCAACCUCGCAACGAUUCGAGGCGCCCACGCCAUGAAAAUGGAAUACCAAAUUGGCAGCAUUGCCGAAGGCAAGCUCGCUGAUCUCGUCACCUUCGACGCCAACAGUCCGGCGAUGGUCUGCGCAGGAGUCCACGAUCCUGUCGCUGCAAUUGUUCUCCACAGCUCACCCGCUGACAUUGAUACUGUGAUCGUUGAUGGGGUCAUUCGGAAGCGAGACGGGAAGCUGAUGACCGUUGAGUUGGACGGAAGUGCGAAGGAAGUCACUGGUCGGAGUUCGCUGGAAUGGGCCCAUGUAGCCACCAAUCUCAUGAGAACCCGUCAUCGGAUCCAGGGGGAAGCCGAAAAGCUAGACUACGAAGAUGGCCAGAAGAAAGUCAUGCAGGCAUUCGGAAUCUCUGAGAGCGAUCUGGAGGAUCCAGAGUAG